GGAGAAUGAAAAAGAGGGAGCAGUAAAGUAAUGAAAUAGGUGGGUAAAAGAGAGAUGGGUUGAGACCGAGGGGAGAUUAAUAGAACAUGUUAGUGAGCAUUCGCGAGGCAGAGGAGACAGAGAAGGAGAGGGCUGAAAUUUUUAUCCCAUUUCUUUUCCUCUAAGGAAACACAUCCUGUUGCUGUUUGGCUGUGAAGUGGCAGCGCUGAGUGUUUGUUGCAGUGAGAGAGGGACUGAGCCCUGAAGCUCACCAAAACAGAACAGUGAAGCCCCUUCCUCUUGGACAACAGCAGCACUCAAGAGACACAUCUGUGUGAGUCUCCCCACUGCCUGUGAAUCGCUUUUCAGACCUGUAGCGUGGAGACUACUGACAGAGGAAGGAGGGAAAUCCAAGCCACAGCUUUCUACUGCCUCUGAAAAUGAGAUGCUGAGAAAAUAAUUUACAGCUGCAAAGCUGUGUGCUACAACCCCAAGAAUUCAGGCAUCUGGUUUUCCUUUCUUCUGUUAUUUUUGCUAUCCCCACCCCCCCUCCAAGUCCGUGGAGAGUUUGAAAAAGAGACGCCUUUCUGCUGUUUGCUUGAAAACUAACCUCCCUCCUCCUCAGAGAGAAAGAAGAGAAAGAAAAAUAGUAAAAGGAGCGAGGGGACUCAAAGCAGGAGCCAGGCAGUGCCAGUUUGUGGAAUGGACCUGCUUGUCUGCCGGUUAAGCACAGAAGUACCGUCAGUACAAAAAUCUGAAGAGGAAGGAUAAAAAGGGAUUUCUACCACCCAAAGGGAUACAUGCAAGAGAGUUGAGCUGAGAAUGAACGGAGAUGUCCUCUAGCUGCGAUUAAAGGUGUUUAAUUUGCGCAGGUGGUUUUGUUGUUUUGGAUGCACCACAGCUGAUAAGCAGCUCACUCGAGAGGAGCAGAAGGUGGUAGAGGACACUCUCGGUCAGUGGAUGGCUGUUCAGAAGCUGGUGGCCGCAGCAGUGGCUGUGGCCCUGCUGUCCCUGAUCCUCAACAACGUGGCGGCUUUCACGCCCAGCUGGGUGUUCCAGGCGCUGGAGGACGGGCGCAAACGCAGUGUGGGGCUGUGGAAGAUGUGCUUUGUGGCGGAGUGGGGCCGGGAGGCAGGGGGAGCAGCACGGCAUGGCCAGACUGGAGAGCGGCAGUGCCAGACUCUGGGCUGGGGGGCAGAGUACGCUGGCUUUCAGGAGUCCCGCAGCACCGUCAAGUUGCAGUUCGACAUGAUGCGCGCCUGUAACAUGAUUGCCACAGUGGCCCUGACGGCUGGACAGCUCAUCUUCCUGCUGGGCCUGAUGGAGCUGCCUCUCAUCACCCAGGACUCCCAGUGGUGGGAAGAGGUCAUAGCCGCCCUCUUCCAGCUAGCCAGCUUUGUUCUGGUGAUCGGGCUGGUCACAUUCUACCGCAUCGGUCCCUACACACACCUCUCGUGGUCCUGCUACAUGGAUAUCGCUGCAUGCCUCCUGGCCACACUGGCAGCUGCCAUGCUGAUCUGGAACAUCCUGCACCGGCGCGAGGACUGCCACACACCACGGGUCAUCGUCAUCAGCCGCUCGCUGGCUGCGCCCUUCCGCCAACGCCUCGACAACGACUACGUUGAAUCACCCUUCUGAGUCCAUACAAACUGCAUUUCAUUGGGAGGACUAGAGAAACUCCGGUAGAGGUGGCUUUAACUAACCCAUUUGUGUGCCAGCCCUAUGCCAGAUUAACAGUUGCUGUUAUUGCCAAAGGGGAGGGGGGUGUGGGUGUUGGGGUUGGAGAUGGACAUCGCUUCCUGAAAUAAUUUUAAAAUGCUCUCCUUACAAACAGAUACACUUACUAACCAGACUGGGUUUCCAGUUCUAGGGGUUUAGGAAUUUUAAAAAGAGACAAGAUAAAGGCAUUGAGACUGUUGGGGAACCGAACUGCAGUCUUGGCCUGACCUCCUCAGCCAGAGUCAGGAAGGAUUUACAAACUGCCCAGGAUGUACUGCUGAUUUGCUCUGACACCCACAAUGAUCCCUUCCUAGCUAGGAUGCUUGUUUUCGGUAACUAGGCUGCUCAUGCAUUGACCCACCCCAAUGUGCUUUGCUGUUUCUCUCUAGAUCAGCUCAGCUGACCUGGACAUCGCAACAUACAACCCUUUCUUCACGAACAGGGAUCAAGCUGGCUCUUGACUAUUUCUUUUAGCUCAGAACAUUCUUUCUAUAAGCUUCAAGAUCAAGCAGUUUCUAAGUGUAACAGACUGGCCUGACAGCAGCAUGUCAGAAUCAUGUGUUUACUUAAAAUAGCAUACUUUAUAUAUGUGUUCCCAUAACCGAAAACAAUUAAUAUUUGGAAUAAAAAAAACUGAAUAAACUACUUUUACACAUCAAGCUGUUAUAUUUACAGUACAUUAAAAUACACCCCAAUAUAUACAGUGCUAGAUAUGAAUAGUACAUCAGUUUUCAUUUUCAGACAUCCAAAAUAUUUCUCCUAUGUCGUUUUACAAUCACAUUACUGCCCAAAAACAUCUCUUUUUCAAUAGUCAGUCAAAUUGUAUUAAAUAUUACUCUGAUUGAUUGAGAGUCAAAAUUCUGUGCCCAGUACAUAUUGCAACAUCUUCUUGAGCUUUACAUUCCUACAAUGCAGAGCUUUUUUGAAACACACCUCUGACAAGGUAAUACAGGCACAUUUAAUACAGUGCAAUAAUCACAGCCACCACUGUACGUUAAGGGUCUGUCUGUCCAAUGCCCUGGUCUCCCUCUCCCUAAUUUCUAUUGCACUAAGAUUUAUUUUUGCUCCAAGUGUCAGUUUAGCCUGAGUUUGUCAAAAUUGACUUUUCUACCUGAAAUGUCAGCAAAUUCCAUAUGCAUACCAGGGAGC